AUGGUCACUGGGACGACAUACAACCUGUGCAGCAAGUGCGCUUGAGUCUGCAUCGCCACGCCAGAAGCUCCAGCCAAGACAGGCACUGCAGGAGAUCCAGGUUGCCAUCUGCACAUUGGGAGCAACAGCGGGCCCUGUUUUUUUUUUUCUUUUUUGAAGCUCCUCCUUGUUGGGGACAGUUAUUUCCCCCCUGUUCAUCAUCACUACGGAAAUAUAUUUUCAGUAAAAAUGAUGGAGGAUCAUCUGACUAAGAUACCCAUGGGGCCGUCCUGUUCCCCCACUGAGUCGAUUGGGAGCGGUGGGACGGACAACAGCAGAGGAGCCAAGAGUCCGGCCCCCGGCAAAGCCCUCAGCCCCGCUCUGGUCUGCAAAGUGUGCGGGGACACCAGCAGUGGAAAACACUACGGCAUUUAUGCCUGCAACGGCUGUAGCGGCUUCUUCAAACGCAGUGUGAGGAGGAGACUCAUUUAUAGGUGCCAGGCAGGCACAGGCAUGUGCCCUGUUGACAAAGCUCAUCGCAACCAGUGCCAGGCGUGCCGGCUGAAGAAAUGCCUGCAGGCGGGUAUGAAUAAAGAUGCUGUGCAGAAUGAGCGGCAGCCCCGCAGCACAUCUCAGGUGCGUCUGGACUCCAUUGAUGUGGACCAUGAGAAGGAGCACCUGGCCACCACGCGGGAGCCCACUUCCUCCUCGUCCUCUUCCUCAUCUUCCUCUUCAAGUGGCUCUGUCAUCACAUGGCCACACAUCACCUCGUCCAUAGCCAUCACCUCCUCCGUGCCCCCGCAACGCUGCGUCAGCCCUCAGAACAACCACCGCUUUAUGGCCAGCCUCAUGACGGCCGAGACCUGCGCCAAGCUGGAGCCUGAGGAUGUUGACGAGAACAUUGAUGUGACCAGCAAUGAGCCGGAGCGAGCGUCCUCGGAGUACCACAUGGCACUUUACCCAUCCACCUCAGAAAAUGUGUACGAGACCUCGGCGAGGCUCCUCUUCAUGUCGGUGAAGUGGGCCAAGAAUCUGCCAGUGUUUUCCAACCUACCCUUCAGAGACCAGGUGAUCCUACUUGAGGAGGCAUGGAGCGAGCUCUUCCUCUUGUGCGCAAUUCAGUGGUCUCUGCCACUGGACAGUUGCCCCCUGCUCUCUCUGCCAGACCUGUGCCCAGGCAUGCAGGGCAAGACCAGCUACACAAGCUUGGACCUGAGACUCCUGCAGGAGGUCUUCAGCCGCUUUAAGGCCCUCGGCGUCGACCCCACGGAGUUCGCUUGCCUCAAGGCCAUCGUGCUCUUCAAGCCUGAGACCCGUGGUCUAAAAGAUCCAGAACAAGUGGAGAAUCUUCAAGAUCAGUCACAUGUGAUGCUGGGACAACAUAUCCGCUCUCACUACCUCAGUCAACCCGCCAGGUUUGGAAAGCUGCUUCUUCUUCUCCCGUCGUUACGAUUUGUGAACUCUGAGCGCAUUGAGCUACUGUUCUUCCACAGGACCAUUGGAAACACUCCUAUGGAGAAACUGCUGUGUGACAUGUUUAAAAACUGAUUCUGAUACCUUUCAAUGUGCAGUCUAUGUUCAGUCUUCCAGGUACUACCAGAAUGGAGGAAAGAUGCUUUGAUAACCGUUUAAGGUUCAGUUUAAGAUCACUUUGUUCAUGUUUGUUUGU